AUGGGGGGGGGAGGGGGGGGUGGGGGGGAUAAUGGGGAUAUGGGGGAGGGGGGGAUAGGGGUAGAGGGGGGUGAGGGUGUAGGGAGGGAGAGGGUGGGAUGCGGGGAGGUAAAGGGGGUGGGGGGUGAGGGGGGGGGGGGGGGGGGUGGGUGGGCAGAGAUGUUAGGAGUAUAUGAGGGGGAAGAUGGUGGGGGGUAUGGGGUGAAGAGGGGAUGGUGGUGUAGAGGAAUGGGGAAUGGGUGGAUGAUGAGGGAGAAGGGUGGAAGGGUGUGA